AUGCCGAGGAAGGUCGCUCCGUCGGGAGGGAUGUUCAACCUCUGCAUCUCCUCGAAGAGGCGGAUGGCGGCGCCGCCGCCGCCGUUCACUGCGAGACCGUGGAUCAUGCAGUUCCACGAACCAACGCUCUUUGCCGGCAUGGCGGAGAAGACCUCGUCGGCGGCGGCGAUGGCACCGCACUUGGCGUACAUUCCGACGAGACUCGUUCCGAGGGUGAUGUUCAGCUCCAGGCCCCUCACUGUCAGGAAACCAUGCACCAUCUUCCCCAGGAAGAGCUCCCCGAGCUUGGCGCAUGCGCAGAGGAUGAAGACGAUGGUGGAGUUGCAGGGUUGGAUUCCCAGCUUCGUCAUCUCCUCCAAAACCUUGAGGGCGUCAUCAAGACGGCCCCUUUCAGCGUAUGCCAUGACCAGGACCCCCCAAGAGAUCUCGCUUCUACUAUUCAUUUCGUCGAACAUCUUCCGAGCAAUAUCUGGGUCGCCGGAGUCGCCGUAG